AUGAACAAAGACCAAAGUACCUUAUACGCGAAAGAAACUCUAAAGUUUCUUAUCGAAAAGGUGAAUCUUACGUAGAACUACCCAAACUUGAGUUCUUAUUUUUCUUCUCCCCAAACUGGAAAAUUCACCCAAAAGGACCGUGAAACAGUCAUAGAGUGGCUGAUGGAAAUAAACGAUCAUUUAGGUGGGUCUUCCACCACAAUUCAGCAUGGUAUAAGAUAUUUUGACUCUUUCCUAUCAGUUAAGCCCGUUUCUCAUGUGAGAAUUUUGCAACUUGUAGGAAUUGUGGCCCUCGGGGUGGCUUUGAAAUAUGAAUUUGGGCGGGAACUCAGCCCAAGACGAAUUUACGACUUGUGCAGUGGGAAUUUCCCAAUCGAAGCAAUCGUGACCACUGAGGUUUACAUGCUGAAUGCUCUGGGCUGGCAGCUUGAUGUGCCCACAGCCUCAGAAAUUUCAAGAUGUCUCCUCUCCUGGACUUGCGGGGCUUUUGAUUUCUCAACCCUUGCAAAGUACUCAGACUCGUAUGCAGCAAUUUGCUAUCUUGAUAGCACCUUAUUUUAUGAGCCGCCGCUUUUAAUUGCGAUGGCUUCAAUUUGCUGUGCGCUUGAUAAAUUCAAGUAUCAGGACUUCAAAAAAGAUUGGCUACAAAUGGUGGAACAGGACUAUCCUUACGAUGUAAAGGCUUUGGACUCGAUAUUAGAAAGAAUACAAAUAAAGAUUGUUGAUAUCUCGGCUAGUAAUGAAGAUCAAAGCACUAGGUCUGGCUCUCCUCUGUAA